CCAAACGUGGUCAGUAGUCCAUUUACAUUCAUUCAGACUCGAUACUCCACUGCGACAGGUGUAAGUACUCUAUCCCACCGACGUUUCGGACGGUACUACCAUCCAUCUUCAGUAUACCGCGGGGCGAUUUAGAGCCGUUUUUGUGGUUUUGGAAGUGCGUGUGUGUGGUACUGGUACUAUGAAGGGUGGUGCCGGGUGGUACCUGCUCUUGGUGUUGGUAGCCGGUGUUAACGGCUCGAAAAAUAAAGAACCUCCGUCGAGAUUACCGCGUACUAGUGCUGGACAGUUGGCCGCUGCGGCUGCUGCUCAGAAUAAGACUGUGAAUCAGUUGCGGGGACUGAAAAAUGGGACUGUCGCCGCGAGUAGUACCGUAGGGCCUCCGCCUGGAAGAGGGAGUAGCAGUAGAUCAAGAGAACAAUAUUUAUUCAAUGUCUUCGAGGCCAUCAUCUCCACAUUAGAAUCCAAACUUCAAAGGAUAGAAAAUUUAGACAAAGCCGUAGAACACUUAAUGCGCAGAGUAGAAGGUUUGGACGAUAGAGUAAACAAUAAUAUAGACAAAACAGAGUCAGUCAUAGCUAAAUUAAGAACGAUAGAUUCCAAAUUAUUUCAAACCCCUAACAGAAUCCUGUUCGAAAAGAAAUCUGAUACUUUUCCAGAAUCGGAAAAUUUGGGCAAAAGAUUGUUAGCUCUGGACCAAAAAGUUAGUGAUAUUGACGACAAACUUAGUGUGCUGAAGAAUCAACUGGACAGUAACUCUCUACAAGGGGAAGAUAUUAAUGCAGAAGCAAGCGAAAAGAGGUCUGUGAGUAUGAAUGUUAUAGAGAUCACUAAAGCAUUAAAUACAGAAAUGAUCAACCACGUAACUAAAGAAUUAGGACAAUUGAAAGAUACCACAGGUGGUGUUGAUAGAAAACUACAAUUUCACAUUAAUUUAGUACAAGAGAACUUAGGAAAAAUGUUGAAUUUGGUGACAGAUGUCCAUCAUGCUAUCAUAGACGAUAAGAAGGGAUACAAUAACUAUUUUUACAAUAGAUCAUACACCACAACUCAGAGGCCUGAACGUCAAAACAAAAUCGAUAAUUUAGUCGAAAAAAUUAAACCGAUUAUUACAGUUUCAGAAAAAAUGGACGAAGUCUGGAAUGUGGUAGUUGGUACUAAAAGUUCAGUUGAUGAUCUGGUGCCAAAAUCGGACGAACUACUUACUCAAACACAACGACAAGAACGAGCUAUCGGAGAGAUACAUAACGACCUGAGAAUGAAAACAAACAAAAUAAUUGCUAAUUUAGAUAAAGUAGAAAAGAGAUUAAAGAAACAAGAAGAUGAUGUAGCUACGUUAGCGCAGAAACCUGUACCGGCAGAAAUACUGCUUAAUCCUUCUUUAGAUAAUAUCGACGAAUACGAAUCUACUAGAUUCGUGGAAGACUACGUUACCGAAACUACCCUACCUGGUGGUUUUACUACUCUAUCGCCACCGAUGACUCAAACUUCUGUCCAAAACAGUGUUUCUUCACAAGUUGGAGGUGCUCCUUCGACGACUGAGAAGCGAGUCGAGAAGAGGAAAGGCGGAGUCAUCUUUCCAAGUGUUAAGAACAAGCCUACGCAUGUUAACACUUCUACGUUUGUGACAUCUGAAGUUACUCCUGCUGUGAAAGAUGUUAAGGGAUAUUCCUGUGUAGAUUUUCUCAGCGCUGGAAUGAGGAAUCCCGGGAUUUACUACCUUCAAAUUCGGGGAACCACAUACUGGUUUUUGAAAGUAUAUUGCGAACAAGAGAUCGCUGAUGGUGGUUGGACGGUAAUUCAACGCAGAGAUGAUUUUGGUUACCCCAGAGAAAAUUUCAACAGGGACUGGAACGACUACAAAAAUGGAUUUGGGGAUCCCUCCAAGGAAUUUUGGUUAGGAAACGAAAAUAUCUAUAUGCUCACUAACAACGAGGAGUACUCUUUAAGAGUAGAACUGGAAGACUUUGAAGGCAAUAAGAAGUUCGCCCAGUAUUCUCAUUUCAAGAUUUAUUCGGAAGCUGACUAUUACAAACUUGAAAUCGAUGGAUACGAAGGAAAUGCUGGUGAUUCUCUGAAUGAUCCAUGGUAUGGAAGUAAUAACAGUCCGUUUUCGACUUACAACAGGGACAACGAUAGGUCCAGCCUGAAUUGUGCAUCCAUGUUGAAAGGUGGGUGGUGGUGGAAGUCUUGUGGACGAGGGUUAAAUGGUUUGUACUUAAACGAUCCUCAGGAUCUUACAGCACGACAAGGAAUCGUCUGGUUCAGAUGGAAAGGCUGGGACUACACCUUGAAGAAGUCCGUGAUGAUGAUAAAACCAAGAAGUUUCGUCAGUGGAACUUAGUUUUAAAUCAAAGCUAUAGUCAAUUUAUAAUCACCGGUAAAUCAUUUCACAUCGUGAAUCACUUUCAUACAUACAAAGUAUUUAUUAAAACAAAUUUUUCACGCAGAAUUGUACCAAUACUACAUUUUACCUCAUAGACAUAAGAAAUCGCUUCUUUAACAAUAGAUGUAUUACUUUUACCUUUAGUUUGUAAUGGAAACCAGUACAGUAGAAAUAUUUCUUCCAGAUUCGUAGCAAAGUAGGUAAUGGUCUAAUCAAAAAUCCACAUCAAGAUAGGUCUUUACUGAUUUUAUACAGUUUUUGGCCAAUUUGAUUUUCUCUGCUAUUUGGAGACUUGUUUGUGGUCUGAGUUUUGGACAGAAAAAACCAAGUAUAUUCACAAUUACAAAUUUUUCCUUUUGACAGAACUGCAUUGUGUUUUCAUCUUUGAUUUACUCUAUUGAAGAGUACAUUAAACUGCAAAUACGUAUAGUAUUGCGACCGCCCUCUAUUAGUGAGAUUACUGAGAUUAGUACUGUAACGUAAACCACUGCAACUGAUACAAUAGGCGGGAGAGAUAUACCACCAUAGCAUAUUAUUUUCUUUUUAGUUUUCGAAACAUUUUAACUGUGUCUUCAAAAUAUCCAACUCACUUAUGGUGUUCCUAUAACAAUAGUUUGCUUUUUGUCAAUAAAUAAUAAAUUGAAAACCAUAAUUACUAAAGUAACUGAUUCCUCACUGUCGUCAACAGACUACUGUAGUGAGUAUUCGCUUUAUAAGCUAGAAGUCUGUAAGUUCGAAUCCUAUAGAAACAAAAAAGUUGUAAUUUAACACGUAUUACCUAAGGUAAAGUACUUUUAUUCUUUAAUAUAUUAUAUAAAAUACUUUUUCUACAAUCCUGGUCAAAAAAUCGGGACACUUGCAUUUUGUAUGUUUUUUUUUUAUUAUGUAGGUGUUAAGUAGUUUAAAUGGGCAGUAAGUAAACAUUAAUAACAGAAAUCGUUUAUUUAAAACACUAAAAAAGUAAUAUGGGAAAAAUAAGUAACCCAAAAGAAAGAAAUAAGUAACGCAAAAAAAAAUUAAGAUUGUUCAAAAAAUUAAACAAAAGCAAAAAUAUAAUUUUUAAUUGCCCUUAGUUAGAUGUUCUUUAGGUUUAGUAUCGGAUAUUGAAUUUCAAUACGCCUAGGCAUGCUUGCAAUAAGUUGCUGAAUCUGUUCUUGCCGUCUAUGUUCCCGUUCUUCAUUCAUCCCUAUUGUUAUAUGUUGAAUCGAUUCUGGCAACGGUUGCCUCUUUUUAAUCUUUUCCCUAAAAUAGCCCAUAAAUGUUCUAAUGGAUUCAUGUCAGGACUACAAGCUGGCCAAUGUAAAACGGGAAUUCCGACAGUAUUUAGGUAUGCAUAAAUAAAAAAUUAUACUCAACGAAAGGCGCGUAGGGAACAACAUCGUCCUCUAGACACUAUCGUAUACUUGUCUGCUAUUAGAGUUCAAUAUUCGAUGAAUAUUAAUUCGGUACGUCCGUUAAAAAAAAUACGCGCCCACGCCCACACAUAAUAGUCUAAGAGACAGCGCUGAAAAAUUUCUCUGAAUUUACUAAAGCUUGUUAUUUCACAGUUGAUUUACUGUGAUUGUGUAGAGAAACAUACUGCGAUCGGUCAAGCGAAACGUAGAAAAGGUGGUACUGACAGCUUGUCAAAGUUGCUAACCUGCGGAGGUAAUUAAAUCCAAUUACUAAGGCCGAAAAUCAGUACACACAUUCUAAAUUGAAUAUAAAUAAAAGUUAUUAUAGUCGGUCAGCUGUAUGACGGGACAGAGCCGGCCGGUCGGCCCCAAUGAAUGUACACUAUAUUUUGACCCCCUCUAAACUGCUUUAAACAGAAUUAGAAAAAAAUGUAUAAUACAAAAGUUAUUCGAUUUUUUAGUAAGGAUUUUUUGACAUAUUUAUUGUACUAGUGACGUCAUCCAUCUGGGCGUGAUGACGUAAUCGACUAUUUUUUUAAAUGAGAAUAGGUAUCGUGUGCUAGCUCAUUUGAAAGGGUAUUCCCCUAUUCAGUAAUAUAAACAUUAACAUGAUUGUUUAUACAGAAUGUCCAAAAAAAAAUUAAUUAAAUUAAUUAUUUAAUUAAUAAUUUAAAAAAAAAUUUGGACACCCUGUAUAAAUAAUGAUCGUAAUGUUUAUAUUAUUGCAUAGAGAAUUGAAUAACCUUUUAAAUGAGCUAGCACACGACUCCUAUUCUCAUUUAAAAAAAUAGUCGAUUGGCUAGAUGGAUGACGUCACUAGUACGAUAUAUAUGUCAAAAGAUCAUAAUUAAAAAAUCGAAUAACUUUUGUAUUUUACAUUAUUUUAUAAUUCUGUAAAUAAAUCAGUUUAGAGGAGGGUCAAAAUAUAGUGAAUAGCCCUGUACAUUCAUUGGGGCCGACCGACCGGCUCUGUCCCUUCAUACAGCUGACCGACUAUAAUAACUUUUAUGUAUAUUCAAUUUAGAAUGUGUGUACUGAUUUUCAGCCUUAGAAAUUGAUUUGAUUACCUCCGCAGGUAAGCAACUUUGACAAGCUGUCAGUUCCACCUGUUCUACUUUUAUUUCUCUACACAAUCACGGUAAUCAACUGUGAAAAAACUAGCUUUAGUAAAUUCAGAGAGAUUUUUCGGCGCUGCCUCUCUGUCUAUAACACCUCCGUCACCAAACUGCAUUCUGGAUGAAAUACAGCAAGGUGCAAAUCGUUCUCCUGGUCUCCUCCAUAAACGUUCACAUCCACUUCGAGAUUGUACUAAUCAGAAAACAUCUUCAUUGCUGAACAGUCCCAAGUAUUUGUGCUCAUUUGUAAAUCUCAUCCUGUUAGCUCGAUGAGCUGUUGUUAAUUUAGGGCAUGCUAUUGGCUUAUGAGAACGUAAACCAUUUCCAUGCAGGACUCUUCUUACAGUUGAUGCAGAAAUAUGGUUCCUCGAUCUUCUAACAAACGACUAGCGAAAUUCUUUAGCGGUAAUCUUUAAAAACGUUCACACUCACCAUGCACCUUGUUCUGCCUGAUAUUGGUCUUGUGGCGACACGUUUCAAUUAUUAUUUUACUAUUUUUUUAAUUGCUAAUUUUAAAUAUUGACUUUCCUUUUCUAAUCGAAAUAAUAUAGGUCAUUUAAUAUUCACAUGUGUUUUCGCUCCUAAAUUACAAAACCAGAAUGUAUAAAAUUAAUGGUUUUUUCAUGGGAAACACAAAUUCCAUAAUAGAUUACGGUAUCAGAUUAGCCACCCGCGUUAUGUCAACUUCCUAAAAACCACAGAAAUGUUUUCAGUUUUUAAAACGCCAGAUCUAAUAAAUUGUCGCCUAUCUGGCCAUAUGGUAGAACACCAGACAGAUUAAAGUGUUUGUGGUCUCGUUCAGUCGAUUCAUAACCUCGAGUCGGUUCACACACCCCAGCAGGCGUCGGUCGGUCAUAAAACCCCCGCGGGGCAAAACAACAACAAACCCUUACGAGAUAUUAGCAAAACACGUUUUUUUACCAAAAAUAAAUAUAUGUAUUAUUGACAGUUGUUUGCGUUUUAUUAAUAUUAUUUCAUUUAAUUGUUUCCGUAAACCACCACGGAACAGUCUUCUAGUGCUAGUGUAUUCUCCAGUUUGACGAUACUUCUGCGACCAUCUUCAUGUAAUAUCACAACUUUUGCAUUAUUUUCUGAGGUGAUACUAACACGAUUUGAAAAUACUAAUGAACAGUGAUCUGAAUUUAUCAGAAUAAACGUGAAACUUAUCGUAAAUGCAAUAGAAAUUCAAAAAAUCUUUUGCUAGUACUUAAACAAGAUAAAGUACAGUAAAACCUCCGUUAACUAAAACCUUUUUAACCGAAACAUCGUUUAACCGAAAUGGCUGACACUUUCAAUAAUUUCGUCAAUAAAAAGUAAAUUUAAAAAAGCAAUAAAAUUAACGAAAAUAAACAUGUUUAGUAUUUUUUUAAAGAAAUCUAUUUUCUUUGGUAUUUUCUUUUGACAACGAUGUUUUACAGCUAUAUCUCCCCAAUACUAUGUAAUUUGAUACAAGAAGAAUACAAAAAACAAUAUUAUUUUUAACCGAAAUUCUUGUUAUCCGAAACGGCCUUCCCCCCAAUUAUUUCGGUUAACGGAGGUUUUACUGUAUCAUUUUUUGGUAAAUGUCAAAGUUUUGUUUCUAUGGUGAAGCAAUCAUUGAACGAACCGUUUUUAUUGCUAUGGAUUUACUAUUUUUAUUAUUAGUGCUUACUUCCUCCCUAUUAAAGCCCAAUUUAUCUUACGACGAGAGAUUACGACGUGCCUUAGAACAUUAGACGACGCACGUCACCGUUGUUGCUCCGUCCUGUUGUACGAUAAACUAGCCAAUGUCUUUUAUAUUACACGUUCUUCAACGUGUCCCGUAAGACAGCCGUGUCAUCCACGUCCCCGUCAUAUGAUAAAUCCGGCUUAAAGCCGCUAUAAAAUGACAAAAUUAAAAAAAAACUUACAAAAUACAAAUAUCCGGAUUUUUUUGACCAGGAGUGUAUAAUACUAUUGCCGAUACUUACCUACACGCCACGUUACCUAAUGAAAGAUCCGAUGAUUAUAAAUUGUUAAAGUUUCUAAAUUAUUGGAAAAGUUGUAAAGGAAAAAAGACUGUGUAGCUUAUCGGAAAAGUAUUUCUGUAUUAAUAAAGUCGAUAAGUUUGUUGUAAAUUAAGAUUGUAUAGAUAAGGGAGAAAUUCGAACAAGAGCGGCAUUAAUAUUUUGUUUUGUUUUUAAAAUUAAAUAUUAGGUCAUUCGUAUACUCUAACAAGCUAUCUAAGGGACUCAGUAUUAUUCAGCUCAGAGGGUAUUGUCCGAGCAGUGAAAUUCUAUAAACAAGAGAUCUACCUGUUUUAUGACACGAUCCCUUGUUUAUAUAAUUUCACACCUCGAACAACAGCACCCCGCUUAGCUGAAUAUUAAUGAUUCUCUUACAUAGACUUUAGUACUUUUAUUUGUAGUAUUUUUAUCGUGUUUUUGGUGUUCAUCCGUUUUGUAUAUAUGGAUUAUAUCAUUGCAUCACACUAAUCUGUUUAUUUUUAAUGUAAUACUCUUUUUUCGCCCUGUAUCAUAAUCUCCAUAGUCCUUCGACAUUAUAACUGUCUUAUUUUCAUCCUGAGCAAACACAAAACACAAGAAUUGUAGAUCAAAAAGUAAAAGAGAAAACACUAAAAAGUAAAAGAAAACACCUUUCAGACUCUUCUGCUGUUUUCUUUUUAUUUUUUGAAAAUAGAUUCACAUUUUCACAUAAUUAAUUCAUCAAUUGUAGAUCAAUUUAUAGUAAAUAGUUAAUGAACAGGAGAGACACAAUUUGUAGAAAAUACACAAAAAUCAUUUUUGGUAAGCUAUAUUUAGAUUACAGUUUAUUUGGUAUUAGAAGGGAGUUAAAAAUUCGAAGUAGGUAUGUGUGUAAAGCGCUUAAAAACUGAGCAAUAAGUUUCUUCAUUUUUUUCAUUGUUAUUGUUAAACAUAAAUUUCAGAUUUCCUAAUUAUUUUGCAUUAAAAGUCAUAGGAUUAUAUUUGUAGAGGACUGAAAUCUGCAUUGAAAACAAAUUGUUUUACAAAUUAAACAUAUUCCAAAAUUUUACAAAAAUAUAACACAUUUGCCAGGCUAUUGCCAGUAAAAGAUAGGCCACACGUAAUGCAGGACUGUGUAUAACAUGUUGCGUUUGCUCACAAUGAAGUUAGAUAGAGUCUUAGAAUAUAAAAUAAACCUUUUAUAUUCUAAGGAUAGAAUAUUUGCUUUAUCAAUAAUUUUAAUAAUGUCCGACUCCGACGACUGGUAUAUUAUUUGACAAAUAAUGACGUGAUUUCGAAGUCACUUAAGUAUGUCUCUGGAUAUAAUGCCCUAGGGCAUUCAAAUUCAUAAUUCAUUCAAAUUUUUUGCAUAUAAAUAAUAAUUUAGUCUGACAUUAAACGUUGAAGGCACCACGGGUAUUAUUGAUAAUAACCUUGGUACCUUAAUAACUAUUUAUGAUGUAUACUUUAAAAAUAAAUAAAGAUAAUCAGAUGUACUCAGUUGAGGAAAAAUCAACAAUAAUUAUCAACAAUAUUUGAAUUGUCAUUAUUUUUAUUUUAUGAUAUAUUGUUUGUAGAGGAAUCAAAUUAAUCAAAUGUACUCAUUUGGGGACAAAACAGCAAUAAUAUUUUAUUCAGGCAAAUAAUAGGGCUUUUAAACGAUUAUCAUUUGUUUCGAGCCUCUGUCAUAUUAUGUUGUAUAAUCCGUGUAUAUAUUAAUAUACGACAUAUGACAGAAGCUCGAAAUAAAUGAGAAUCGUUGAAAACCCUAUGCCAACACUGCCCAGAUCUAUAUUUAGCGUAAGAUGUUCUAAUAAACUUUUUCCAGGUUUUCAAUCCAAAGGAUUUUAAAAAAUUUAUGAUUUUCUAAAUUUUUUGCUAUUUUAGUAAUAUUGUUUGUACGCAAGUACAAUUAAUAUCACUAUCCAGAUCAAUAUACCUUUGGUAGUGAUUUAUAACUCCCUCUCAACAGCAAAUAAUGUUUAAAUUUUCGUAAUUUCAACAUUCUUGCCAUGUUUUUUCUAGUAAGUCGUGUUCAUAUUUCUAUUUUUAGUUAUUAUAGUUCACUUACAAGUUAAAUUUAUUAUUAAUACAUUUAUAUCAUUUUCUGACAUACCUAUUUACGUAUCUUUUCUUCUUUUUCAUUUAUCGACAAUUUAAAUAAAUAUAAUAAAUUAUCACUUUUAUUAUUGUAAUAUCAUUUUAUUGUAUAAAUGUAAGAUUAAAUUAACUGUUAUAGAAAUUUUAGUGCUCGCUCUGGUGAGGUGAUUUAAAACUAUAUUUUUAAAGAAUUGUUCCUAUAUUUUGGUCCUGUAACUUUCUCAGGUUUUUUUAAUCAUUACAAUAAUUAGAAGAUAAGACGAAAUUACGGGCAAGGUAUUUGAAAACAGAGGACCAGUGAGAAGAAAAAUAUCUUGGCUUCAAAAUCUGAUAACAGCCGGACUAUUCCGAAUAGCAGCAACCAAAGUUACAUAACAAAUGCUGAGCCGCAAAAGACUUCUCACGUUUUCACGCAUGCAGAAUAUAAACCUGAUCUCAGCAACAGCACUAUUUUAUUUUCAAAAUAUCGCUGAAUUAUAAUUUAAAAAAAAAUUAAGAACCGCGGCACUGACAUAUCGACGGUUAAACUACAAAACCUCGCAAGUCAGUUUUAUGUAACUUUAGAGGAGAGACGAAAAACAUUUUGGCUUCUUUAUGUAAGAUACAAUUUAUUCGUUUUGAUUCUGUAGGGUUCUUUUAGGUAACGUUUCCAUUACCAUUAAGUAAAAUUCAGUAAUAUAGUUUUUUUUUUGUCAAAGAGUGACUUACGAGGUUUUGUUACUUAAAAUCUUAAACUAUCGUUAAACUUACGAGGUUUUGUCUCAUAAAAAAUACAACUUACGAGGUUUUGUAACUUAAAUCUUACUUAUGAGGUUUUUGUAGAUGUCGCUAGUACCAUUAAAUUUAAAUAUUGACGUACAAGCUUUCGUAGUUUAAAAUAUUUCUAAAAGUAUAAACCAACAAAGUAUAAAAGUAAUAAUGGACCAAAAAUCGACUUACGAGGUUUUGCAGUUUAACUGUCAACUUGGUGCAUCGGUAGUAUCUAAUAUAUCACGUUAUUACAUAAAAAUUCUGCACGUUAUGCAGGUUUCUUUCUGAUGCAAUUCUUAUGCAAUUUCUUUUAAGGUUUUUUUUUAGAAAAAAAAUCAUCAAAUACAAAGAGCUAUGGUACAACAAGAUUCGAUCCAAUGUUUUUGCACAAUAAACCUUCUUUGAAUGGGUGAUGAACUGUGUGGGUACUUGUGCUCAUCCAGUGUGUUCUAGUUUUAAGAUUCUGCAAGACAUCAAGCCAAUGUUAAGUAUCUUGAUAGAUCGCUAAUUAAGACGACAUAAUAAUAUAUGAUGCAUCUAACCGAAAUCAGGAAAAUCUUAAGAUACAGAUAGUCAAAGAUGACUUAAACCAAAUUUUUCCAUAAACGAUUGUAAUUAAUAUUUCGUGUUUACGGAUUACCAUGUACUUAAUUUGUUUUUUUUUUUUCGUAUUGAGAUCAAGUCCAUGUUUUCUACUUAUGUCUGAUAUGCGAAACAUUAUUCUUUGCAAACCAUCUAAGCUAUUUGCAAAAACUACUGCUUCGUCGACAUAUCUAUAUAAUGUUUCCUAGACCAGGGGCGUCAUUUGAUAGGGCCCCCCCCCCGCGGCCCUGAAAAUUACUGAGAUUUACAAAAAAUACAUCAAUUUUCAUCAUUACCUCAUAUAUAAUGUAUUGUAUAUAUAAUGCUUGCCCCCCCCCCCCUCAAUCAAAAUUUCAAAUGACGUUUCUGUCCUAGACGCACUCUAUUCUAAAACGUGAAAUGUCUUGUGCUGCUCUAGCAGCAGCACUUGUCGUUGUUCCAUAACUUGUGCCACUGUUAAGUUGUUUCCUAAAGAUUGCUUAUUGCAACUAUGCUGGUAUUGGUUAAGUGUGAAGCAUUCAUGAAAACAUGAUCAUUCUUAUGUCGCUCUAGCAACCCUUUUCUAUCGCAAUUCUUCAGUUUUCUAGGAAUUUUUAAAAGCUUUUCUGAAGACUAAAACACGAUGCAUCUAUUGUUGACCACGAAUUCAUAUGUAAGACGCAAAUUUGCGUGAAGAAAAUUAGUCUGUCUUCUUUUAAUAAUAAACAUUUUCGUUCACUUGACUGUGAAUUAGUGCACUUAACGUAAACCGAGCACUUGAAUCCAAUAAUUUCAAAAAGGCUGUAGCUUCAGACUAAUAGUUUUUGAGACCUAGGUCCCAUGGACUGUUUAAUCUAAGCACUGAGAACCAUCAUUGGCCGAACUUUCGUUAAAUUUGACCGGGGCCACUUUUCCAUAAGGAGUGUUGCGCGGUCCUUAUACCAUUUUACACAAGAAGGUUUUACUUCAUCGCAUGUUUUUUAAUACAGUCAAUCACUGGGAUUUUCCUUUAAAAUUUUAAUUGUAAAUAACUUUUAUACUUCUUCUAUUCUUGUAUACUUCUUUCUUUUAGUUUUCAUCUUAUUUUUAUGUAUCGUCUAGUUUUAAAUCACCUCUUUGAAUUUCAUUAGGAUUUAUUGUUACUUGAGGCUAACGGGACAUGAUUUGCAAUGUUCGGAGAUAGUCAGGAAGACCUGUAUUAAAUACAUGUUGUACCUUUUUAGAAUUUAUAUGGUUGUUUGUAAAUAAUAUUUUUCAGAGUUGUAUAAAUUUAUUUUAAUAUAAUAAAUAAAUUAGAGAAUUGUUACCUUUA